AUGACAUCUCAAUGCACAGAGAAAUCCGUGCGGGAGUAUCUACAGGACCGAGGAGGGAGGGUCCAAAUGAUGGAGCUGGUCGAUCAUUUCCUAUCGGAUUGUGCUGAGAAUGAAUCAGGGGAGAGACGCGAGAUGGUCAGACGCAUCGUGGACUCAGUGGGCUCUGUAAUAGUGGAAAAUGGGGAGAAAAUGGUGUGUUUAAACAACGAAAACAACGACAAAGAUGUGGUGCGUUCAGGCACGGAUGCGCACGGCCAGCCUCAUUCAGAAUGCAAUGGGAAUAUUCAUUUUGUCAAUGGCAACCCUGACAACAGGCAGCAAACAGAGGCUUCCAGUCCACCCGCUGAUACGCUUGACAACCACAAAGAGUCCAAUGGCAACAAGCAGCCAGCACCAGCACCAGUGCCCCAGACCCACAAGGAGGCGACCCUUACCUGUGGGGGCGGGACAGCGGAGGUGAGGCUGCGGGAGCGGAGGAGGCGGGAGUCGGCUCCAGUGAUCGGGGCCUUGGAACUGGAGCAGGUGCAUGCCGCCGGAGCCCACAGUCAGCAGCUGAGGGCCCUGCGCCGUGUGUCUAAAGGCUCCCAGCGCGCCAUCCUCACCAGCUGUUUAUCCGAGGACAACAGCCUGGAGGGACUGGAGACCAUCGGGGACAUACACACGCCGAAAGGGAGCCGCAGGAACUUCAUCGAGCUCAUGAUGAACAGCUCCCCUCAGGUGCGCAGGUCUCUGAUAAACCGCGGCUCUCGUCUUCGUGACUCGAUCCGCAGUGAAGGCGACUCCACGUCCAUCCUCUCCUCCAACACAGAUGAAGACUGCACCUCCGUGGCCCUGGACCCCAUGGAGCACGAGUGGAUGCUGUGUGCGUCCGACGGCCUGUGGGAGAGCCUCCAGCCGCUGCUCACGGUGGAGCCCAGUUUAGUGGCCAAGAAAGACUUUGUGACCGGGUUUACGUGUCUGCACUGGGCGGCCAAGCAGGGCAAGGAUGAGCUGAUAUCGCAGCUGCUGAACUUUGCUAAAGCUAACGGUGUGUCUGUGAAUGUGAACGUGAGAUCCAGCGCUGGAUACACGCCUCUGCACCUGGCGGCCAUGCACGGGCACAUACAGGUUGUGCGUGUGUUGCUGUCGGACUGGGAGGCGGACCUUGAAGCCCGGGACUACAGCGGGAGGCGGGCCCUCCAGUACCUCGCUCCUCCUUUGGUGGCAGGUCUACAAGAGGAGGGCGUGGUCUCUUCACCUGACAGCGAAUCCAACGAAAACUCCACUGCCGAAACCACAGGGGGGCGCUGGCGAUUUCCCAAAGUGCUUCAGGGCAGCCUCAACCCGCUGCGCCUCCUGAACCCACCAGCAGAGGCAGCAGAGGACAGGAAGAGUAAAGGAGGGGUACAGAGGAAGUCCUCUUUGAGCCGCCUGAACGCUCGCCUGCAUAGGGGGCGCCACAGAGCACAGAUCAUACACAGCACCUCCUUCAGGGACUCUGGAGAUGUGGCUACAGACAAAGAACUGCCAAAAAGUCCAAUGCGACCUCGGCCACUCUCAAAUCUGUUUGGGUAA